UUGUGUUAUAAUGUGAUUCUCAGGUUUACUGAUUACUAUUACCACGGCGUUAUCCACUGUCCUCCCAGCGUGUCGAUCCCUGAACUGCGAGAAGCAUGUGACUAUCUGCUAAUUCCGUUCAAUGCUGAAACUAUAAAGUCUACUGAUCUGCGCAGUCUCAUGCACGAACUGUCCAACGAGGGAGCCAAAGAGCAGUUCGACCAUUUCCUCGAGGAUCUGAUACUGCCACGAAUGGUUGCCAACGCUGAGCACGGAGAGCGGGAAUGCCACAUUGUGGUUCUGCUGGACGAUGACAUUGUGGACUGGGAUGAGAACUAUCCUCCUCAGACCGGCGAAGAUUCAAUGCAAGUUGUCUACAGUUCUCAGUUGUACCGAUUCUUCAAGUAUAUUGAAAACCGGGACGUCGCCAAGCAACUCUUGAAAGACAGGGGUCUCAAAAAGAUUCGACUUGGCAUUGAGGGCUACCCGACUCACAAGGAAAAAAUCAAACGACGGCCUGGUGGCAAAGCGGAAGUUAUUUACAACUACGUCCAGCGACCGUUCAUUCACAUGUCUUGGGAAAAGGAGGAAUCAAAAUCUCGACAUGUCGACUUCGCCUGCCCGAUAGUCAAGUCAAAGUCAAACCCAAGUCUGUCGUCAGCAGCCAGUGACCCCGUACCAUGUGCACAGAAUCACGCAGCGGCAUCAUCGUCUACGUGCAACUUCUCGAAUAUAUUUUCACCCCCUCCUCCUCAGCCAAAAGAGCCUUAUCCUCACAAUGUUCCACCUCCAGAUGAGUGA